AUGUCAAAACAAACUCAAGACUGCAGCGACGAGAUCUUUUCCAACAAUAUUAUACCGAAAUACCCUAUAUCUGCAUCAAACAAAAAGCAACCGUCUGGAUGUCAAGCCUGCGCUUUGCAGAUUCCGUCAUUCUUCUGCAACAAUGACUGUGACGGCGACGGAGGAUUAAUUAUCGAAAAUACUCCAUUGCCGAUGCCUCUACCAUCAGCGCAAGCGUUACAACGCGAACUCAGUCACGGCAUCAACCAGUUGGCAAACGCUACACACAACAGCUAUGCAUUUCAACCAAUCCCUGAUCCUGACCAAAGGUCACCAUCAAAUACUUCUUCAACAGACUCAAUGAGCGGUUCACCGUCGCUGGUCACUCACGGGACGUCUCGUGAAUAUGUGGACAUCAUGUGCUCGCUCUGUGGUGAGAACCAUGAUCCCUACGCAUCACUCUGUGCCACCCCGGCGAAUGGCUUUAUAACAGAAAGUGACCUGGUACCGUCUCAGAAUGUGUUCUGUUCAUUGCAUUCUAUGCAGAUCUCUGACGUUACACAUCUUCACCGCUGUUGA